AUGUGCAAGCUGACAUUAAGCCAGAAGGACCAUCGGUGGGUAUCGACAUGGAGGCAUGACAGUGAGAUGUGGUCGGCAUUUCCAGAGUUGCAGAGCAAAACCUUCUCCAGAUCCUUCGAGAAAGAUAGCAGGGCCAGCUGGGUGCAGAAGUUGCAGCAGGUCCACAAAUUCAUGUGGGAGAAAUGGCAACUGGCAAAGGCUGAACUGCCUCUCGAGGAUGGCCAGGAAGAGCCAGAUCCAGGUCACAUCUCAGAAGAAUGCUUGCAGGAGUUGGCGCCUGUCAUCAAGGCAAUGCCUGCCAAGACCAGCUACUAG